AUGGUUUUUCUCUUUAGAUAUCUUCAAAUCAAGUUAUUCCAAGGAUGUGCAAGUUUCAAUGCAUCAUUUACACCUUGGCAACUACAUAGUUCUUCUGGAUUGGAAGAUUUAUGGAAAAAUUAUUUUCCAGAAACAAAUAUGCCCGAUCCUUUCAUGAAUGAAAAGCCCAAAGCAACAACACCAAAAUUAAACUCAGAUGUAUUCAUUUAUAAUUAUUUAUUCAAAAAGAUAGCUCCUAGUGCAAUUUCUGUUAAUGGCGUAGACUGCAAAUGCUUAAUACUAUCAUCAACAUUCAAAGAAUGCCAUGGAACUGGAGGUGGAGGUGGAAUACGCUUUUCAAAUGGAGAUCUUGUCAUUUCAAGAUCUUUCUCUACUUCAAACUGGGCUAAAGAUAAGGAAUACGGCCUUUUUGCUUAUAUAGCUGGGAAAAAAGAUAAAUCAAAUAUUAAAAUAGAUCAAGUUACUACUUUUGCAGAUGGAAAUACAAGUCACAUCCGUUCUCCAAAUGGAGGCAUUUUUAUUAAAGAAUCUCUAUCUGUACAUGUAAAAAAUGUUAAUCAAAGGCGCGGUUCAAUUUUAACGACAUUUUUUAACGCGAUACGAGCGUAA